AUGAAGGUCCUCGUACUCGGUGCUUCUGGCUUCAUCGGCCUCCCUGUCGCGCUCGCAUUCGCGCGCGCCGGACACAUCGUCUACGGUACUGCGCGCGACGCCAAGACUGCGCGCAAGCUCUCCAUUCACGAGAUCAUUCCUUUCGUAACCCCUGCGACCGCCGGCCACGGCUUCAGCGUCUGGGGCAAGAUCGCCGCCGAGGUCGAUGUCAUCAUCGACACGAUCCGAUCUUCCGAGUCGGAGACCCCACUUGCGGCCCUCCGUGGCGUUGAGGAGAUCGCCUCGCGCGGCUCGGCCGGCACGAAGGUGACCUAUAUCUUCACUGGCGGCGCGUGGUCGCACUCGCGCGGCCACGGCGGCCUCGACAAGUGGUCGAGCGAGCAGCUCCCGCCUACUAGCGACCUUGAGGUCGCUGCUUGGCAGCGCGAGGUUGAACAGGCUGUCUUGAGUUCGGCGCGCGUCAACGGUGUCGUUAUUCGCCCCGGUACGCUGUACGGCCGCUCGGGGAGCUUGCUUGAGCCGUUCCUCCUCGGUCCCGCGUACGACGCCGCCAAGGCCGGUCGCGAGUUCGAUGCCGUCGGCCUCCCCGACACCCGUCUCCUCAUGGUGCACCAGGACGACCUUGCGGACCUGUUCCUCCGUGUUGGUGAGCGCGGCCCCCUCCUCGCGGGGCAGGCUCUCGUCGCGUGCAAUUCCCAGAGCGAGCGCUGGACCGACAUCCUCGACGCUGUCGUCCGUGUCUCCGGCGCUAAGGGAUGCCGCCUCCGCCCGCCCUCUGACAAGGUCCCCGCCGAGGUCGCGUGGGCUUCCACCACGCUCCUCCGCCCAACUCUCGCCCACUCGCUGACGGGGUGGACGCCGCGCAAGCUCAGCCUCGUGGACGGCAUCGACAUGUACUGGCCCUCGUUUGUCGCUCAUUAUGAGGGCAAGAAGACGAUCGCGCCGUGGGACCUCCCCGGCGUCGUGCCCGUUGGCGGCGCGGACGUCCGGCCGCCCUCCCACCGCCCCAGCCUCUCGGCCAAAGGCUCGGGAACCGGGAGCCCUCCUCGCUCCAGCCCCCUCGCAGGCUAA